CGGCUGAAGUUGGACAUAUUUGAUCGAAAACACUGUUUCAACAGCAGAAUCUGGAAAUCUUUUCGAUUGGCCAAGGUAAGACUGGCAGGGAGAAACCAUGUCGAGAGCUCCUACUCCGAACAGCCUCUCGAAUCACCCGACACCGGAAAACGAAUCUACUUCACAACAGCCGACAACGCCGCCGCAACAGCUACUUUCACAGCAGCUGAGGUCUUCAUCUUUAGCUUCCAGGAGUCAUCAACUCCAUCCUGCCAGACCUGCUAUGAUCGAUCUUUUUAACCUCUACUUAGGAGUGAAUGCACGGAACAAGCAGGAUGAGGCAACCCGAGAACCUCCGAACAAGGCACAAAAGAGAGUUACUGCUCUAAACAGGGAGUUUCCUCCCCAAAAUGAACAAUUCCUUAUAGAUUUUGAGCAACUGCAGAGCCAAUUUACUGACCAAGAACAAUUGCAUGCUGUGACAGAAUCUGUUCUCAUAUCUUUGGUUAUUCAGUGUAGUAGCCAUGCUCCCCGAGCAGAAUUCCUCCUCUUCGCUAUACAUGGCCUGUGUAGCAUAGGGUACAUAAACUGGGAUACUUUCUUUCCAUCUCUUCUUUCUUCAGUUUCAUCAGCAGACAUGUGUGUUGGUCAGGGGAAUCAACUUGCUGGUACUGGACCAUCUUCUGCUUUAUCACAUUCUGUGAUGCUGUCCAAUUCCAUUACAGUAACUAAUACCUCCAAUUUUCCGUCAUCAAAUCCUGCAUCUCCUUUACCAAAGAUCCAUGGUAUUGGAUCUCCUGUGCAGCCGGCAGCUGAAACAUCACCUUGUGUCACUUUGUCCGCUAUGAAGUCAUCUGAUGUUAGUGCCGCAGGUCAACAGUCUAUGGCAAGAGCAAAUUUCUCCCUAUGGGACAAUGCACUUACUAGCCUGCAACUAUUGUGUUACAAAAUAAUUCUAACUGGUUUGGAAUCUAAUUUGAAGCCUGCAACACAUGCUGAUAUUUUGCAUCACAUGUUGAAUUGGCUGAUUAGCUGGGACCAAAAAAAUGAGAUGGAUGGCUUUGAUGGGUCAAAACACUGCAAACUUGACAAGGCUCACAUUGAGUGGCUACACAGUUGCUUAGAUGUGAUAUGGUUGCUUGUUGAGGAUGACAAAUGUCGUGUACCUUUUUAUGAACUUCUCCGAAGUGGGUUGCAAUUUAUAGAAAAUAUACCUGAUGAUGAGGCAUUGUUCACUCUUAUUUUAGAGAUCCACCGGAGGAGGGAUAUGAUGGCUAUGCACAUGCAAAUGUUAGAUCAACACCUUCACUGCCCAACAUUUGGCACUCCAAGACUUUUGCCUCAGGGAACCUCAAAUAUGCCUUGUGAACAGGUGACUCACAUGAGAUACUCGCCGAUUACAUACCCCAGUGUGCUAGGAGAACCGCUACAUGGAGAGGAUCUUGCUGUUUCUAUCCAAAGAGGAAGUCUGGAUUGGGAGAGAGCUGUGCGAUGUCUAAGACAUGCUCUUCGCAGCACUCCAUCACCAGACUGGUGGAGGCGUGUACUUCUUCUGGCACCUUGUCACAGACCUAGUGGACAGGCUCUGUCUCCUGGUGCAGUAUUCACAUCUGAAAUGAUCUGUGAGGCAACAAUUGAAAGGAUUGUUGAGUUGUUAAAGCUGACUAAUUCAGAAACGAAUUGCUGGCAGGAGUGGCUCAUAUUUUCUGAUGUAUUCUAUUUUCUUAUGAAAAGUGGAUGCAUUGAUUUUGUUGACUUUGUGGACAAGCUAGUAUUACGGCUCCAGGAAGAUGAUCAACAUAUACUUAGGACUAAUCAUGUCACAUGGCUGCUGGCACAAAUUAUUCGGGUUGAGCUAGUGAUAAAUGCUUUGAACCUGGACUCAAGAAAGGUUGUGUUACAUGGGUUUAAGGGCGGAGACAACAAAAAAAAUUGUGUCGUUUCAUAAAGAUGAGAAAAGCUGUGACCCUAAUAGCCCCCAAAGUAUCCUCCUUGACUUUAUAAGCAGUUGUCAGAACUUGCGGAUUUGGUCACUCAAUACAUCAACUAGAGAGUAUCUGAACAAUGAGCAACUUCAAAAGGGAAAGCAAAUAGAUGAAUGGUGGAAGCAAGUGAGUAAAGCGGAACGCAUGAUGGAUUAUAUGAAUUUGGAUGAUAGAUCAAUUGGGAUGUUUUGGGUUGUAUCUUACACAAUGGCACAGCCUGCUUGUGAAACGGUGAUGAAUUGGUUAACUUCAGCUGGUUUUACAGAGUUAUUAACUGGACCAAAUGUGCAGUCCACUGAGAGAAUAAUGAUGAUGCGUGAAGUUGUCCCAUUGCCAAUAUCAUUGCUCUCAGGGUUUUCUAUAAAUUUGUGCAUGAAACUUGCUCUUCAGAUGGAGGAUUGUAUGUUUUCCGGACAGGUACCUAGCAUUGCUAUGGUUGAAACAUAUUGUAGGUUGCUGCUCAUAUCUCCUCAUUCACUAUUUCGCUCCCACUUAAAUCACCUGACACAGAGAAACCAAGCCACCUUAACCAGGCCUGGGAAUACCAUAUUGGUUUUUGAAAUUCUCAACUAUCGCUUACUUCCACUGUACAGAUACCAAGGGAAAAGCAAGACAUUAAUGUAUGAUGUCACCAAAAUGAUAUCUACAUUAAAGGGAAAACGUGGUGAUCAUCGAAUUUUCAGAUUAGCUGAAAAUCUGUGCAUGAAUCUUAUUUUAUCAAUGAGAGAUUUUUUCUUUGUGAAGAGAGAAGGCAAGGGUCCAACAGACUUCACUGAGACUUUGAAUCGCAUAACCGUUACAACUCUUGCAGUCAUUAUUAAAACUCGUGGAAUUGCAGAUUUUGAGCACCUACUCUAUCUACAAACAAUGUUGGAACAAAUAUUGUCAACUAGUCAGCAGUCUUGGUCGGAGAAAACACUUAGAUACUUCCCAUCUAUCUUACGUGAUGCAUUGAAUGACCGAAUGGAUAGGAGUGGCCAAAUGGAUAAAAGAACACUUGCUAUUCAAGCAUGGCAACAUUCCGAAACAACUGUAAUUCAUCAAUGCACCCAGCUACUUUCAACAUCAGCUGAUCCAACAUAUGUUGUUACAUACCUUAAUCACAGUUUUCCUAUGCACCGUCAAUAUCUUUGUGCUGGUGCAUGGAUACUAAUGCAUGGGCAUCCUGAGAAUAUCAACAGCGGGAACCUGGGACGUGCAUUGAGAGAGUUUUCUCCUGAAGAGGUUACCCUCAAUAUAUACACGAUGGUUGAUGUUCUGCUUCAUCAUAUUCAUUUGGAACUACAGCGAGGACAUCCUUUGCAGGAUCUAAUGGUAAAAACAGUUUCCAAUCUUUCAUAUUUUAUCUGGACCCAUGAGCUGCUUCCUUUGGACAUCUUGUUGCUUGCACUUAUUGAUCGUGAUGAUGAUCCACAUGCUUUGCGCAUUGUGAUUAAUUUACUUGAUUCUAAGGAGCUUCAACAAAAAGUGAAACUGUACCUUGUAAAUCGCGGUCCACCAGAGAAUUGGGCACAAACUGUACCUUUCAAGCGUGCUGACUUGCAGAAAGCUCUUGGAAGUCAUCUCUCUUGGAAGGAGAGGUAUCCAACAUUCUUUGAUGACAUUGCGGCACGCUUGCUUCCAGUCAUCCCCCUAAUCAUCUAUAGAUUUAUUGAAAAUGAUGCUAUGGAUGCAGCUGAUAGAGUCCUGCAAAUUUAUGCUUCCUUUCUCCAUUACUAUCCUCUAAAUUUUACAUUUGUUCGCGAUAUUCUUGCAUAUUUUUACGGCCAUCUUCCUGGGAAGCUAAUACUUCGUAUAUUAAAUGUGUUGGGUAAAAAGGUUCCUUUUUCUGAGCCAUUUCUUCAGCACAUUAACUCAACUAAUGCAUCAAUGUGCCCUCCAUUGGAUUACUUUGCCACCCUUUUAUUGGGUUUGGUAAAUCAUGUUAUUCCUCCUCUAAUUAGCUCAUCCAGAUCUCCACAAGCGGGAGAUGUCUCAAGCAGCUUUGGCCGUGCUCCACCUACCAAGGUACAUUUAAGUUCUCAACCUGGAUUAACAAAUACUUGUGAAGGCCAGAAACCUUUUUACCAACUUCAAGACCCUGGGACGUACACCCAACUGGUGCUUGAAACAGCCGUAGUUGAGAUACUCUCUUUUCCUGUUUCUGCAUCCCAAAUUGUUUCUUCACUCGUUCAAAUUGUUCUUCAUAUACAACCAACACUUGUUCAAUCAAGCAAUGGCCUACAUGGAACUCCUAGCAAUGUUGGACAGUGCUCAAUUUUGCCUACUUCUCCCUCUGGAGGGAGCACUGAUUCACUUGGUGCUACCAGGGCAGCCUCUUCUGUUCCUGGUUCAAAUGCUUCUGUUUUUGUGUGGCGAACUGGUUAUACAUGCCAGCAGUUAUCGUGCUUGUUGAUCCAAGCAUGUGGUCUUCUUUUAGCUCAACUCCCUCCAGAGUUUCAUGUGCAACUAUAUUUAGAGGCUGCACGUGUGAUAAAAGAGAGUUGGUGGCUCACUGAUGGACAAAGGUCUGUUGGUGAACUAGAAUCUGCUCUUAGCUAUGCACUUUUAGAUCCCACAUGGGCUGCCCAGGAUAAUACUUCAACAACCAUUGGUAAUAUUGUUGCACUCCUACAUGCGUUCUUCAGUAACCUUCCACAGGAAUGGCUUGAGGGAGCACAUCUCAUUAUCAAACAUUUGAGACCUGUGACGUCUGUGGCUGUGCUGAGGAUAUCCUUUCGUAUUAUGGGUCCUUUACUACCGCGAUUGACAAAUGCUCAUCCUCUUUUCAAUAAGACACUGUCACUGCUUUUAAAUGUACUGGUGGAUGUCUUUGGGAGGAGCACACAGCCACCAGCUCCUGUUGAGGCUUCAGAUAUAGCUGAUAUCAUUGACUUCCUGCAUCAUGUGAUCCAUUAUGAGGGGCAAGGAGGGCCGGUUCAAGCAAGCAGCAGACCUAGAGCUGAAGUCCUUGCUCUAUGCGGAAGGGCAGUCGAAAGCUUACGCCCAGAUGUGCAGCAUCUUCUUUCUCAUUUGAAGACUGAUGCAAAUUCAUCUAUUUAUGGGGCAGCGCACCUAAAGUCUGUUCAAAACUCCUCUUAGUUUCUUUUUUAUCUUACGUAAAUACGUAAUAGUAGAAGGUGAUGACUCCUACAUUGGGUUUGUACCACUGCAUCUUACAACAUUAUCGGGAUAUUUCAUAGCUCGGUCUUGACAAGAAAGUCAAUUGUUUUGCUACUAAAUAUAGUCAUUAUUGUCUUGGUUGUGUAGGUAUAAUAUUUGGCACAAUUUUGCUGCUUAAAGUAUCACACUCUGCAUUAGUGGCUGC